CGCGUUUCUGGUGGGAGUGAGUCGUCUAGCACGAGCAGAGAGGUUCGGGGUGAUGUGGUGGGGGCAAGUCAACAGCCGAUGGUGGGGAUGGAAUACCGGGUAGCGCGAGAGGGAAGCCGAUAGCGAGAGCAGGAGAGAGUUAGAUGGUGGAGAGGGAGCGAGAGGCCGCCGAAAGCGCAUAGCGGCCCAUAAUUCGGUGCGCCGCCCCGCAAUCAGGUUCGUGCUCGAUGUUCUAACCGCCUCGCUCGUCGCAGCCGGGAGAGAGAGACGGUAGUGCACGUUUUUACGUUUGUUCGUCAGCUACGUUUGACUAAGUACAGUCCGGGAUAGAACAGAGCACGUCUCGCGCGCUCUAUUUUUCUAUUUUUUUUUUUGUUCUCUUUCUCCGUUCUUUUCCACGGCGGAUCGUAAUCUCGUCGCUCGCGCGUCCCUCUUGUUUAUUUCGUCCGGUAGAUACGCGGCUGACAGAGACGCUAUUCUCUCGGGAAUCCUUAGUUUGUACAUAUUCCGUAUCGUCGUGUGGAAAAGCCGGAAAGGCUUGUCGAAGGCUACGUUUGUCUAUCCGGGGAACACGAAGGACUAACUAGUGUGAGGGAAAGCCUGUUAAACACACACGGAAAGGAAGAAGAAGGAACGCAGUGGCUCGCCGGUGUAGACUCGCAACAGAAGAGCGCGCGUCUCGCUGCCAGUCAACCAGUCGGCCAUUCAGUCAGUCAGUCGAUCAUUCAGUCAGUGCCGGUUCUACACUCCGAACGUUUUCUUCUCUCUGUCUGUUUAUAUUCAGUCCCGAGUUCCUCAAUGGUGGCUGUCUCGAUGUGUUUUGCUGGCAACCAACGAUAAUCCUUUGUCUGUAAGUGAAACGAGAAACGGGAACACGAAGAAAACCGAUCGAAAACUUGGAUCCUAUUGGUGGUGUUGUACAAUUUUUGUGUUCCAUCGUUGAAGACACCAAUACACACGAAGUACACGAUAUCCCUGGCCAAAAGAUUGGAAGGAAAAUGUGCCGCCAACGGACACGGCCAGUGAAUUGAUAAAUUUCAUACGUGAUAAUUUUCUUACGUUAGCAAUUCGUUGAUUGUUGGUGAUGAUUGUGCUGGUUCGCUAUGUACACGCCUUCACGUCGUGAGCGUCGUCGUUAAAAAAAAAGGAGGAGGAAGGAAGGAGCCUUUUCCGCCGAUUCAAACGUCCAUCCUUAUAAACAUCUCUCGUCGUGUCUUUCUUCCCUUGGCCCACGUAUAGUCACAAGAGGAGAGAUCGAGGCGGGUAAAUAGGCGAAGCGGGCAGACGAGCAAAAGGGGCGAUCGAGGAGGAGGAGGAGGUGGAGGAGAGAUAAGAAGGGAAUGAUAAGCAAGGACACGGGCGUUGGACGAAUAUCAGGUGACACGGUAGACGAUAGCCAAGGGCUCGGUGUUGGGGAAGGAAGGACGAGGGAGUAUCGACAGAUUCGCCGUCUGGUCUCACGGCAACGGAUGUCGGAAUGACGCGUCGAUCAAGCCGUGGCUGGGCAGAGGGUGCAAGGACUUCGUUAAACGGAAGAAAGUGAUAGUCGUGGCUCGCUUCGGAGGAGGCGAAGAGGCGGCGGAGUUCGUUGGAGAAGGGAGAGGAAGAAGAAAGAAGCGUCGGAGAUCGUCCAACUUAUCAGGUAUCGAGAUAAGAAACGAUCGUGGCCUCAUUGUCUCGUCACUCUCCAGCAACGGCGACGGAUAACGUCCUCUCGUCGCUAUCAUGAUGUUGUUGUUAUGAGAUUCAUCGUGUUUCCUUAUACUACCUGACAGUCUAGAAGAAUACUGUUCGAUUACACUUCUUCGAGAAGGUGAAUAAAACAGAAGAGAUCUCGAGCGGACCAAGUAACAAAAAAAAGAAAAAAAAAAAAAAGAAGAAAAGAAAGAAGAAAUAUCACGCGAAAAUCGCUAUAAGAGAGACAAAUCGGGGAAAAAGAAACGAGACUAACCAAAGAAUUUGAUUCGAGGGUCAAAGUUAACUGACCCUGAGAGCGCACGUAGCAAAGGAAAUACCGAUCUCGAGACGAGAGAGGAAAAAGGAAAGAGAUCGUAAGUCGCAGAACGUAAUCGCGCAAGGACAGGCAACCGACUGUCCGCGUGGCUGUUGCGUUGGAAGGGUGCCGAUAAAAGAAUAGAGGGGUGCGUGGUGAAACGCGACGAGAGGGUGAAGUGAAGGUGUCCUCGUGGGGUGCCAGAGUGAGCACGAUAGCACCUCUGGUGCCCUCGGCCGUGGGUCCCGAGGGGACGGACGCCAUGGCGGCCUCUUCGUCCUCGUCGAGCGGCGAGCAACAGUACUCACUCAGGUGGAACGACUUCCACUCGAGCAUCCUCAGCUCAUUUCGUCAUCUGAGGGACGAGGAGGAUUUCGUGGACGUGACCCUGGCAUGCGACAGUAGCAGCUUCACCGCGCACAAGGUCGUUCUCUCUGCGUGCAGUCCUUACUUCCGCCGCCUCCUCAAGGCCAAUCCAUGCCAGCAUCCGAUCGUGAUACUGAGGGACGUCGCCUCGUCGGACAUGGAGUCGUUGCUUCGCUUCAUGUACCACGGAGAGGUGCACGUAGGUCAGGAACAGCUGGCCGCGUUCCUCAAGACGGCGCAGAUGCUUCAGGUUCGAGGGUUGGCCGAUGUGAACAGCGGCGCUGCCAAAAUUCCUCCUCCCUCGUCCUCAGGCGGGAACAAUGGCAGUGCGCCGGCGACACCGCGCAAUCCUUGGCAAGACAACGGCAGAGGAGAGUUGAACGAGAGCGGUCUGAGCCCACCACCAGAGAAGAGACCUAGAAGCUAUAGCCCACCGUUGGGUAACCACGUGGAGCCGAAGACCGACCUUCAAGAAUCGCUUUUGGGCCAGGCUCUGGCGGAGGGACCUACGAUACACACGACACCCACGAACAACGUUCAGGCGCAAUCUACCGGCGAGGACUCGAAUUCCAUGUCGGACAACGAGGAGGAGAUGUCGAAUAACGACAGCAUCCUGAACUCGGUGAAGACCGAGCCAAGCGACAUCCUAAAUGAUUCUAUGGAGCAUCACCGUAAUUCGUUUCCGGCGCUCUUGGGAAUACCAGGACUGAUACCAGGACCGUCCGGGAUCCACGCGGCGAAUCAGGAUCCGAAUUACGGGCGAUGGCAGCCCUCUGGAGGAGACGGUUCAAGCUCGAGUUCCGGUUGGUUGCCGGGUACGUCCUCCACGAGGAACGAGCACGCCGGGUCUGGAACUUACCAGAGCGGAGUUCACAACUCGAAAGGUCAGGAUCUGUCGUCUCUGCUCCAGCAGCAUCACCAUCACCAUCACCUCCACGCCACCAGCCAAGCGUCGCAGCAACACGCCCUAAAUGCCCUGAACUCGCUCAACUCCCUGAAUACCGAGCAGCUGUCGAUCAUGCAUCAAAAGUUGCAGAACAAUCUGCAAACGUUGCAGCAACAACAACAAACAGCGUCCGCGAAAAACGAACUGAAUCUGAUGCUUCAAUCGUGCGCCAAGGAGAAGAUUCAAGAGAGCAUGGCGUUGUUCCAUCAACAGACCCAUCAACAGCGUCGGUUCCACCAGCAGACCGACAAUUCCGCGAGCCAAUCCGGCAAACCAAAGUGUCCGGAAUGCGGCAAAAUCUAUUCGAACAAUUCGAAUCUGAAGCAGCACAUCGUGAACGUGCACACGGUUCAAACGGAGUACGUCUCGUGUCACGUGUGCAGCAAGCAGUUCAAGACGAAACAAUACCUCCAGAUACAUCUGUUGUCGAUGCACGGUAUCCGGAAACGGAAGAGCUACCCGUUGUAUCAGAUGCAGACACAGAUGCAACAACAACAACAGCAAUCGUCGGGCGGCCAAGUGUCCGGCGGUCAGCAGCAAUCGCAACAGCAAUAUCCGGCUCCCGAGAGAUGGUCCGGAGGAGAGGACAAACAGUGAUCGAAACGCGUGUCUCGUGUAUCGUUGAUCGAUCGAAGAACCACGCCAGAGACACGUGUGCCUCCCUUGGACCACGUAUAUAUAUAUAGGGGUGAAAAAGGGAAUAGAGAGGGUCGAUGAGAGUGGAUGCUGGUAAUCUGUAAUAAGUUGGCCCUGAGCGACUCUGAUAGAUAGCUCGCUUAAUUAUUUGGGAUUAAGACAACUACGACCUCGCAAUAAUGUUUGUAGUAGAUUUUAUUGUACAUACGCGAAUCGCAUGCGUGCGCAUAGGGAAGUAAGUAUUUUUCGCGUGAAACAUUACACAGAUAGUUUAU